AUUCCUCUGCGUGAAGACGUCGUUCCUCUUCUGCCACCCAAUUAUCUCUCUCUAUCAAGCUUUCAUUUCUACGCACUCGACCGCCUUUUAUUUUCUCUCUCUAGGGUUCUAAACGAGUGGGCAAAGGGGGGAAUAUUAGAGACUACUGCAAUUAAUUCACGCAGAUAAAUUUUGGGGAAAUUCAUACCCAUGUUACCAGAAAUUAGGAAUUCAAUUCCGCCGCUCUCUACUUUGAUCCUUCAACUGCUUUCUUCAUCUAUCAUGGAUUAAAUCUGCUCCUUCCUUCGAUUCAAGGUGCUGAGUCAAACCCACAGCCUACUGCUUAGUUUGAACCAUACGGAUCCAUGUACAACGAGGGAGCACCUGACUAUAUAAUUGACCAGGGCUUGUAUUAUCCUACUGGCACCAGCUAUGGAUACAUCUGUACAGGAUAUGAACCAACCAUGGAUUGGGAAGACCAGCAUAGGUUUUCCGGUGUAGACAGUCAAGAUAUUCAUUACACAGUUGCGACAAAUGAGAACACACCCUAUGUAUAUUAUUCUCCCAAUUAUGGGUAUGGGCAGUCACCUUUUAAUCCAUACAAUCCUUAUAUUCCUGGUGCUGUGGUAGGAGCUGAUGGAUCAAUUAUACCAGCUCAACAGUUCUAUGCCCUUCCCUCGUAUGAGGAUCCUGCUACAUCGGCGUCAUACCUGCCUGUAGUUUUCCAGCCAAGGCCUGAUGCUGUUGCUAAUGGGAUUGUAGAUUCAUUUAUUGAUACUAGUGGAUCUUUUAACAAGGCUGAUGGCCUUGGUUCUAAACACAAUUUGGCUCUGAAUACUCCUAAUUCCUCAUUGACUGCAAUGGGUGAUGCCUCUUGUCAAAGAAACUCUUUUGUAAAGAUGUCUCAAGGUAGGGUUAAUAUGGGGACUGGCAAGCAGCAUUCAUCAAGUAUUACUUCUGGUAGUAUUAAUAGUCAAGCUGCACCGCUGAUUUCCCAGAUUAGAGGCCCUCAAGGCAUGGAGAGCUCUUUACGUGGGAAAGCAUCAGCUGUCGGUAUCCAGUUAAAGACUGCUUUUACUUCUGGAAACGGAGCAUCUACUUUCAAAUCGAUCAAUUAUUCCCAUGCAUCUGUAAAGAAAGUUAAGCCCAACAUGCUUAGUGGGAGGGCUCCUGAUGAUGAAAGAGCUGGUUCUGAUAUAUCUAGCGACCAGGAUAGAGGGUCUAGGAUGAGCAAAUCAAAGAACCAAUUGAUUGUUAAAGCCUAUACAUUAAGGGCUGGAAAUCCUGAUGCACAAGGAAACAUCAUUAUCUCUAGAGAUCAGUAUAACAGAGUUGAUUUUCCAGUGGAAUAUUCAAAUGCAAAGUUUUUCGUGAUUAAGUCAUAUAGUGAGGAUGAUGUGCAUAAGAGUAUCAAGUAUAAUGUGUGGUCAUCCACUCCCAAUGGAAACAAGAAGCUUAGUGCUGUAUAUGAAGAUGCCAAGAGAAUAUCUGCUGGAGACCCAAGAGGCUGCCCCAUCUUCCUCUUCUUUUCUGUUAAUGCGAGUGGCCAGUUCUGUGGUAUUGCAGAAAUGACCGGCCCAGUGGAUUUCAACAGAGAUAUGGAUUUCUGGCAGCAAGACAAAUGGAGUGGAAGCUUUCCUGUAAAAUGGCACAUCAUAAAAGAUUUGCCAAACCCAAAUUUUAGGCACAUCAUAUUGGAGAACAAUGAGAACAAGUCAGUGACUAACAGCAGAGACACACAAGAGGUAUUUAUAGCUGUCAGUUGUUGA